AUGGCGCGUAUCCGAACGGCCGACGAGCCCGAGGAAGCCGCAUGGGCAACGUACGGCCCAGCUGGAUGGAUCAAUCCUCUUGGGCGUGACAACGUUGAGUGUUCCACUGAGGAGACGGGCUGUUUCUAUGUCAUCCGGAAUUGCGAGUGGUUCAAGCACGGCGUCAGCGAAGGCAUGAAGUCCGAUCUUUGGAGAACCAUGUUCUUUGACUACGAGCCAGGAAAGCUUCCCAAGGUCGGAGACAGAUUACCCAUGGCCGAGCCAGUGAUGGAAUUGGAUGGGCGAAUUGGACUAAACAAGUCAGACCUCGAGCAUGUCGCUGGACCGGGGUGUAGACUUGACGAUGGAUACCUGGGACAUCGGAUUUCCCUGGAGGAAAUGCGUUAUUGUCAAACUGCUCAGGGACUUGCCCUGAAACAAGAUGGCUGGCAGCCUCAGCUAGAUGAUCACCCAGCGGAGUUGCAGAGUAAAUACUUUUUGACCGGCCUAGCGGAUGGCAUGCCCGAUAUCACAACAGGUUACACUGGGGUCAGUCCUGUGAGACAUGGUUUUGAUGAGCUUGAUCCUGCGGAUCCAUUUGGUUAUUGUUAUGAUGAAGCAUACAGCCACCCGCCAUUUCAUCCAUCCUGCUUCGCCAUCUUCAUGAAGCUCAGCCGCCUUCGGUUUGGCCACGUUGAAAUCGACGGUCUUAUGGAUUACUUCGCCCGUAUCGGUGGACAGGGACACGAACCCGCAGAGGAACUGAGGGAUCCCGACGCCGCACAAAGCAUCGAACAAUGGUGGAAUCAUAUCCCGGGUGCAGAAUGGCUCGCUGUCAAUCCACUUUAUGUACCUCGGUUACGAGAAAUCUUCAAACAGGCUAUGGACACUGAGCCAACCUUCAGUCAGCAAGAUUCUGUAUUCAAGGCCUCCUCCCUUCAUGGUUCUAGCUCCGAUGACACCAGUGAUCCCUUCCCCCGGCUCCCUCCCGAGCUACGGACCAUGAUCCUCGACGGUCUUGACGCGAAGGACAUUGCAUCAUUGCGUCUUGCCUCGCGCACCUUCUACGAUCUUCCCGCGUCUCUGUUUCGCAGACUCAUUAAAGAGGAAAUGCCAUGGUUAUGGGAAAUUUGGGACAACGAGCCGCCGUACUUCUGGGCUACAGUUACUGAAUCAGACAUCAGGGCCAGGGGGAUCAUGGAGAGGUCAGACGAUGGAGACCGGGCUAUAGGACAUAAUAUUGACGUUCAAGAACACUUGCGCCAGUGGACAUUGCCGAUACCACCUGCCUCCACCACCAAUUGGUACAUCAUGUAUCGUGACAUAAAGAAGCAUUGGAUUGACUUGAAAGGAUUGCGCAAUCGGAGACGGAUUUGGACCUGGCAAGGAGGGAUUCUUGAUGAGAUGGCGAAGUGCUUAGAAGGGAUUGACCUGAGUUGA